GAAUUGAGUCAAAGUGUUAAUAACAUUAGUCUACGUAUUAUUUAGUUGGAUGAAUUUUUUUUUUCUUUGAUUUUUCCUACGCUCAUUUCUUGAGCUCUGCGGCACGGACACGCAGUCACAUGCGCAACUAGCGGAAACCCUUCAUUUUAAGAAGACGAGCGGUAGGACAUAACAGAAAGACGUGUGCGGAUGCAACUCCACAACCUGUAAGUCUGGGCAAAUUCGUACAGGUGCAUCGUCUUCCCUGGUGUCAUGAAAGUAUGAAUCAGCCUUGAAAGCAAUGACUUAGCGCAGAGUAGAUAGAGGAAUCAGAUCUGUCCCAUGAAACCAAUGCAUUAUGGGGCUACAAGAACUUAUUUGGAGACUGAUGAAAGAUCAGGAUCGAGAGGAAUAUACUGAACUCUUAAGAACCUGCAACAUCCCCGUUCAGGAAUGGAGGAGAUACGCGUUUCUAGGACACAGACAGGGGUGUAGCAGAAAUUUGAUUUAUGAGGACAAGGACAGGUUCGCCUUGACCUUGUGCUGCUGGGAUCCAGGCUAUCAGAAUGAAAUUCAUGAUCACAAUGAUUCAGCGUGCUAUUUCAAGAUUCUACACGGAAUUAUGCAAGAAACACAUUUCCAGGACAAUGAACGUAAAGCAGACAAGGAGUACGGAGUGGGUGACGUCUGUCACAUGUCCAGACGUGGCGGAACUCAUCAAAUGACGAAUGUGAGUAAGACGGAACGAGCUGUUUCACUGCAUCUCUACAUCCCUCCAUUUAAUACUUACCAAGUCUUCAAUCAAUCAAGUCCACAUGGUGAACAUCGUGAAGCUACAUUUGUAUCAAGAUAUGGAUUUUCUAUGGAUCAAGAGAACAAUCAGCUGGGUGAUUUUUAACGCAAUGUCAUAUAUUUUUUUUUAUUUUUGUUUUUUAUGUUGAUAUCGCAAUAAUUGAUAACAAAAAGUAAAAACAAUUAGUGUGCUUUCUUUUUCUGCGUUUGUAAUAUUUUCUAGCUUUUCAAUAAAAGAAUUAUAUCUAAAA